AUGGAAAUUUCUGUAAUAGAAGCUUAUACUGAGGAAUCCUUUAAAGUGAAUGCAGAAUCAUCAGAAUCUAUAGAAGAUCUAAAAUUAAAAAUUCAAGAAAAUGAAGGAAUUCCUAUAGAUCAACAGCAAUUAUUUUUUGAUUAUGAUGAAUUAGAAAACUGCCAUUCAUUAAUUCACUAUAAUAUUCAAGAAAAAUCAACAAUUUAUUUGGUUUUAGGACCUCGAGAUGGUGGCAUAUUAAUGACAAUUAUAGUCGAAAAUAUUUAUAAUAAUCAUGAGAUAUGUAUUAAUUCUCGUGACACAAUUUUAAACCUAAAACGUCUACUCAAAGAUCUAUCAGGCAUCCCUAUCAGGCUGCAGCGCUUAUACUUUGGAAAAAAUAUUCUUCGAAAUUAUUGUACGCUUGAAAAUUAUGGAAUUGGCCCUGGCGCUAUUCUUCAUUUAGCUCAAACACCACUAAGCUGCUAA